UACGAAACUCCCACCGCACUUCCUGUUCAAGUUCUCUUUGCUCGGGAGAAAAAAUGGCAAGUUCAGUAGCAAACGUUGGUCGUCUCUUUUGGCGCUCUGGAAACAAAUUACAGAGGUUUGCAGCACCUGUUGCAUUGAAUGCAACACAACAGAGAGACUAUGGAACCAAAAGAAUUAAGGUCGCCAAUCCAGUUGUGGAAAUGGACGGGGAUGAGAUGACCCGCAUCAUUUGGGAAAAGAUCAAAGAAACUCUGAUCUUGCCGUACGUUGAUGUUGACCUUAAAUACUACGAUCUGGGCUUGCCAUACAGAGACCAAACUGAUGAUCAGGUCACCAUUGAUUCAGCCUUAGCCACUAAAAAGUACAACGUGGCUGUCAAAUGUGCUACCAUUACCCCAGAUGAAGAACGUGUAGAAGAGUUCAAGCUAAAAAAGAUGUGGCUGAGUCCCAAUGGUACAAUCAGAAAUAUCCUCGGAGGAACAGUAUUCCGAGAGCCCAUUAUCUGCCAGAAAAUCCCUCGUCUGGUGCCAGGAUGGACACGACCUAUUGUCAUUGGUCGUCAUGCCCAUGGUGACCAGUACAAAGCCACUGACAUGGUGAUACCCGGCAAUGGUAAAAUAGAGAUGGUAUACACACCUGACGGGGGGCAGGAACAGAGGACCACCGUGUUCGAGUUUAAAAAUGGCGGAGGUUGCACCUUGGCAAUGUACAACACAGAUGAGAGCAUCAGUGCCUUUGCCCACACCUGCUUCCAGUAUGCCAUUAUGAAGAAAUGGCCUCUGUACAUGAGCACAAAGAACACCAUUCUUAAGAGAUACGAUGGGAGAUUUAAGGACAUCUUUGAGGAAAUUUACCAGCAGGGUUACAAAUCUAAAUUUGAUGAGCUGAAGAUCUGGUAUGAACACCGCCUGAUUGAUGACAUGGUGGCUCAAGCUCUGAAAUCAGAUGGGGGAUUUGUGUGGGCGUGUAAGAACUACGAUGGAGAUGUACAGUCCGAUAUUGUUGCUCAAGGCUAUGGUUCAUUGGGUUUGAUGACCAGUGUACUGGUAUGUCCUGAUGGAAAGACCAUCGAGUCCGAGGCAGCUCACGGAACUGUAACAAGACAUUACAGAGAACAUCAGAAGGGCAACCCAACCAGCACAAAUCCAGUGGCUAGUAUCUAUGCUUGGACAAGGGGACUGGAACACAGGGGCAAACUGGAUGGCAACCAGGACCUGAUCAAAUUUUCACAGAAAUUGGAGAAAGCCUGUGUAGACACUGUGGAUAGUGGAAAUAUGACCAAGGACUUGGCAGGCUGUAUACAUGGGUUAAAGAAUGUGAAACCCGAGCAUUAUCUCAACACCAUGGACUUCCUCCAAGCCAUUAGAGAAACCCAAGAAAAGAUGGGAUGAUAUGUGUGAAGUAUUAGUUAUAACAAAGGUCUGUGAUCCAUAAGCAUCAAAAUUCACUAUUGCAUACACUUUUUUGUCUGGAGUACUGAAAUAAUGGUCUGAUUUAUUGCAAAGGCAGCAAACAAAUCUGGUCAGCCUGGUUGUGGGAAUGGAAAUGUGACUUUUCUUAGAUCCGAAGCAGAGAACACUUUUAUUUAGUAUCAUUAUGUCGGAUAUAUUGUAGAAAUUUAUUUUGUAUUACCAGUCAUGUGAUGGUUGUUAAUGUGAGCACAUUUUUCUCCUUUAUCAGGAAUAUAUAUAUAUGUACAGAGUUUAUGCAUUUCCCCUUUUUAUACUCUGACGUGCCAACAAUAAAGUGCUACCCUUCUACACAAACGUUUGAUAGACCCUCCUUUGACUAUGUUGCUCUGCAGGCAGGGAGACUCACCCGGGUGAAACGGGCAACAUUCCAACAGGAGUAUAUAGUAUUUCCAAAAUGGACCACUGACUGUUGUGAAAGUUUGAAUUUUUGAGUGAAAUAAAACAUGAACUACA